AUGGCUAUUCCAGCUCCUCCAGUCGUCGCCAACCCGAACCUUACGGAGGUGAUCACCCCUGCCCCUGCACCCAAGGACAGUGCACCAUCAUCGCCUGGAUCAUAUGACGAUAAAAAGCAAAAUGAACUGUACGCAUACCAAUAUGGUACUGGACAGAACAGCCUCAACUCAUCGGACGAUGAGUUAGAUGCGAAAUGGUACGAACCUCCUGAUAGUUACGAAUCCAAACAUCGAUGGGAUACUCGAGCCACCUGGACACCAGAGGAAGAAAAUAAGCUAAGGAGAAGAUUAGAUCUUAAAGUCGCUUUUGUAGCUUGUAUUUGCUUUGCGGCUCUACAACUUGAUAGAGGAAAUAUCUCAAACGCUUUAUCGGAUAAUAUGUUGGCUGAUGUCGGUCUAACUACAAAACAUUACAAUUACGGAAUGACCAUCUUCUACCUUUGUUUUUUAUCAGCCGAAUUACCUUCUCAGAUGAUUUCUAAGAAAGUAGGAAGUGAUGUCUGGAUCCCGGUCCAAAUGAUGUUAUGGUCCGUAGUGGCUAUUGCUCAAGUGGGCAUUAACGGUAAAAGUUCUUUCUACGCUACUAGAGCAUUACUCGGAUUACUUGAAGGCGGUUUCAUUGCCGACACCAUCCUUUAUCUUUCCUAUUAUUACACCUCAGCAGAAUUAACUCUGAGGUUAUCCUUCUUCUGGAUCUCAUAUACUGCUACCAACGUGAUUGGAGCGCUUUUGGCUGCUGGUUUACUGAAGCUCAGAGGUCACGGAUCGAUGGAAGGGUGGCGAUGGUUGUUCAUGUUGGAAGGAAUAGUCACUUUCUUGAUUGGAGUCUGGGCUUUCUUUUACUUGCCUGCUAGUCCGACUCAGACUGCCAAGUGGUGGAGACCCAAGGGAUGGUUUACUGAACGAGAAGAGACUAUCAUUGUCAAUAAAGUAUUAAGGGAUGAUCCUACCAAAUCGUCGAUGCACAAUCGAGAAGGUCUAUCACUCGUUGAUUUGUGGAGAUCCCUCACGGACUACGACAUGUGGCCUUUGUACUUGAUCGGUCUGGUAGCAUUCAUCACCCCUUCAACCGUCCAAGCAUAUUUCACCUUAACCUUGAAGAAUCUGAAAUAUACUACUCUCCAAACCAAUUUAUUGACUAUCCCAUCAUGGAUCCUAUUCGCCAUUGGUAAUUUCACCUGUGCCUAUUUCUCCAAGAAAUUCAAUAGUCGAUUAUUGUUCAUCCUCGUUCAACCUGUUUGGCAUUUGAGCUUCAUGAUCGUCCUCGUGACUUUACCUGAUACUACUGGUCGAUGGGUCAAAUAUGCCAUAUUGACUUUGGUCCAAGGUUAUCCAUAUUGUCACCCUAUCCUCGUUUCGAUGAAUAGUAUGAACGCCGGUUCAGUACGUACUCGAACCGUAGCAAGUUCAGUGUACAACAUGUUCGUCCAGGCUGCUUCGUUAGUAGCUUCAAACGUGUAUCAACCUUCCGACUCGCCAUAUUACCAUAAAGGUAAUAGAGUCCUUGCUGCUUUAUCAGCUGCAUCUAUCGUUUUGGUUUUAUCAGCGAAAUUAUGGUAUAUCUAUAGGAACAACCAGAAAUCAAAGAUCUGGGAUUCAUGGACUGUACAAGAGAAGGAAGAUUAUCUAAAAACGACGAAGGAUAAAGGUAAUAAGAGACUGGAUUUCAGAUUCUACCAUUGA